CCUUCAAUUCAACUCCUCCCACAAGGAAAAUAUCUCAAGAUCUCAAACUCACAUUUGAUUCCUCCGCAUUCUUAAUUACUUCUUGCUACUCUUUGCUUCUGUAUACUCUAUUCUUGCACUUAGAGGCUCGAAGAUGGCGACUUCAGCCACGCUAAACUCCUGCAUGACAGGCCUCAUGCCACUUGCCGGCUUGAGGAGCCAUUCUACAGGCCUUCGCUCCACUUGCUUGCUGCCACAUCAGCGUGCUGCCGGUGCCAUGCGCAUUGGCUGCCAAGCCAAGGAUCAGCCGCAGGUGCAAAGAGAGGAGCAAACUAUACCUGUCACACCUUCACAGCAGCCGGCUCAGACCCCUCCGAAGCCCAAGGCCAAGGAGAGCACAAAAUUUUCAGACAUGCUAGCAUUCAGUGGGCCAGCACCAGAGAGGAUCAAUGGAAGGUUGGCAAUGGUUGGCUUUGUCUCAGCUUUAGCAGUUGAGUUGGCGAGGGGUGAUGGCCUUGCAACUCAGCUAAUGAAUGGCGGGUUGCCAUGGUUUGCAGGAACUGCUGCCUUGUUGUCAGUAGCCUCCCUGGUGCCGUUGUUCAAGGGCGUGAGUGUGCAAUCCAAGUCCGGUGGCUUGAUGACGGCCGAUGCAGAGCUGUGGAAUGGCCGGUUCGCCAUGCUGGGCUUGGUGGCACUAGCUUUCACUGAGUACUUUAAGGGCGGUCCUCUUGUGUGAAGGACUUCUCAUCGGUUCAUGUUCAGUUCUUUGAUAUAUUUAGAGAUGCAAGCAAUGUAUGAAUACAAGUUAGCAUUGUAGAUCUCAAAUACUUAUAUUGAAAUGAAUGAGCUUUUGUAAUAAUUUUUGGACAAUGUUUGGCAACAUAAGCCUGGGGUGGAUUGCUA